AUGAGCACCCCCUUCUCGCCAGGGCAGUUCUGGGUGUGUUCCGAGAUGGUUGGGGAAGACGACGGGAGUGUGGUUAUUGCCCGUGUGCGAUUACCGCGGUAUCCCAACACCCUUUUGACCACCACCGACGCAGACGAGCACUACUCCGCGCUGUGUGAGGUCUCGACUAUCCUUCUCUUUUGCAGCAGCAGCAGCAAAGUCUCUCUCGGCGGUGGUUGUGCCACGGGUUUUAUGCUUAUGAGGGGCCUAAAUCAGCUCUUGCAUUUGAUGCCGGUUGUUCAGCGAGAAGGACGGUUCCUGGGGCAGAGAUUCAGUGAGGUGUUGGAGUCCGGCUUCGAGGGUUUAUGCUUGUUUCUUUAG